UCUAGACAGGGCGGCCAUUUCGAGUUGUGAUAGCAAUAAGAAUCUAAAAUACCCUACAAUGCCAACUCAUUCCUCAGUGUGAAUGGCCAUUGGAUCUUUAUAGUAUAUAAACAGAGAGAAGCCCAGUCAGUUAGACAUACGUAAUGUCUAACACUAUAGUACGACGUCGCCAAACGGAGGCGGAAAAGAAUAUCAACAGACUUCGAAAUGUUAUGCCAAAUAAAUAUACCGAACUGUGUUUAAUGCACUUGUCAUUCUUACUGGAUUUAGACGGGAGUAAAUUGGAAGACUUGGGAGAUACUGAACCGAAACAGGAUAACAAGAAAAGAGGCUGUUCUACUCCAUUUUCAAAAAAGAAAGAAAAGACAUUGUUUGGUUCUCCAAUUACACAGGGAAAUAUUGCUCAAAUAUAUCAGCUGAUUGAAUUCCUCAGCCGACCAGAAAAUAUUCGUAAAGAAGGAAUAUUUCGUAAAUGUGGAAACUGUAAUCGACAGAAAUUAUUAAAAGAAUGGUUGAUACAGGGCAGUAGUAACUUGGGAUUAGAUGAUGGAACUUUCUCUGCCCAUGAUUCCGCUGUUGUAUUAAAGAAUUAUCUCCAGGAUUUACCUGAACCUCUUCUUACUGAGAAACAUUUUCAAUGCUAUAGACAAAUUUUAGAUAUGGGUAAAUAUCUUAGAUCAGACAAAGAAAAACAGAUAGCCAAAGAGAAACAAGUUAAAGCCAUCCAAGUUCUUAUUUUAAUGUUACCAAGAGAAAACGCUUUAUUGUUAGAAUGUGUAUUGGAUUUAUUACAUCGUGUUAGUAAAGUUAGUGAAAAUAUGAUGACAGCUAAUUCUCUUGGAACUAUCUUCGCACCACAUCUUCUCUGUUCUAGAAAGAUGACAGCUUUAGAGUUACAUGCUCUCUCUGGAUGUUGUACACAGAUCACCACACUCAUGAUUGAAAAUGCGCCCCAACUCUUCAAAAUUCCACAAGAAUUAGCCAUUGAUGUUUCAAAUUUUUGGAAGCAGAUGGAGGAUCCUGCCAGUGUAAUGAAAACCAAUAGUGAAAAGUUAGAAAACUUCAGUAAAUCUAAACAAAAGAACAAUAGUGGUCCCGCCAUUAAUACAGUCAUUUGUUAUAAUGAUCGCCAAGGACAACUUACCAAAGAAACAGACACACAAGUGGCUUUAGCUGGACUUUAUGCCCAUGUACAUGCCAUGCCCGACUCUGCCAAGAAGAAGAAAUUACUAAAACAAUUCCAAAGAGCCAACCGUCCAUCUACACCUAAAAGUAACAAGCAUUCUCGUAGCAAAACUUUUGGAGAAUCAUUAAAGAAACACUUCCCAGUAUUACACAAGCAUAAACGGAAUGACUCUAACGAUCCCUGCAGCACUACAAGUGGUCUAGCAUGGGCCGUCACUAAGCCAAUCACAAUAGAGGAAUCUGGUAAUGAUAAAGUAACUAUUAUUUCCUGCGGUACUACAACUACACCCUGUACGCCAUCCACACCACGUACUAAUCCUCGCAGAAUAGGGCCUACUAGUCCUGCUGUUCAUGUUGUUGACAUGUGGCAGUCCCCCCUACCCAAGUCACGAAAACGUCCAAGUGAUGAAUCGAACGAAAAUAUUCCCAAAAAGGAGUCAAGGAAAUCACCUGUAACAGAAUCCCUGCCAGUCGCAGAGAAAGAAAUCAGCUUCCUGAAAAGAAAUGCGCCCAUUAAAAAAAUUCUUGUCUUCACACCCGAACAUAAUAAACCAGUGGCUCUAGUCUCUCCUAUUACACAAUCUGUCAUCAAGGCAUCAAAAGAGUGUCAGAAAGCAAUAUUAACACCAAGAUCAAGAAAACCUAUGCAAUACAUUCAGUCUCCACCAGAACGAGAGAGCUCCAUUUAAACACCCCCAAAUAUGUUGUUUAAUGACAUAAGCUUAGUGCUGUAUAUUUCAAUCAUCACCUUCUAUAUGUACAAAAACUGUGCUAUUUCUCUCUUAAAAGUCUAUUAAUGUAUUCUCUAUUUUCCCUUUCUUUCCUAUGUACAUUAUGAAGGUGUAUGUAUUGAUAUGUAAAUAUAUAAAAUCUUAAAGUGCUAUUAAUCUCUAUUUAUAUACCAGAGAGAAAUUUUUAAAUAAAGUUUUAUCAACUUAAAGAUGUGUAUCGAGAUAUGAAUUAUAAUCAUGGUAUUAUGGUAUAAAUAUAUAGUUUUCUUCCUAACAUAUAUUUUUAAAGUAUAUGGACCUAUUUAUGUAUUAAAAUAACAAUGAAUGUGCCAUUAUUAAUCAUUGCUUAUUGUAACCUAUUCAAAAUGGAAUUGUUAUAUAGAUCAAAUUAUAUAUGGUAUGAUUUAACAUAUCUAAUAUUAACAAUCUUCUAAAGGGAUUUUUUCAUUAUGGAUAAAUAAAAUUUUAUUAAUUUUACAGACUGACAUGCAUCACCCUCUUUUAAAAUUUAACUAAUAAUAUUUUUUAUCCAUAAAGGAAAGCCUCAGGGUAUUUAUUGUAGCAAAUUUAAAUUAAUUUUCUUUUACUUCUAUGACCCAGUACUUACAUGAAUUUAAAAGUUGAAUAUUAUAAUUAUAUGAAAAAUUGAAUAAUUAAUUAUCCACCAUCAAAAUUAACCAAAAUUUAUGAAUAUGUUUUUGAUCAUAGUUGUGAUUCCUUUUUAAUUUUUUGUUAAAUUUCUCAAAGUUUGUACAUGCAUUGAAUAUGUAUAUAAAAUUUAUAUAUUAUAUUGUAUAAAGUAUA